AUGUGCGGCAUCUUUUGCUCGCUCGGCUCCACGCUCCAUGUGCCACCGGAUACAAUCAUUGCAACUCGUCUGCAAAGCCGCGGGCCUGACAGCACUGGAACAAUCACAUCAAUAUGCACCUGCAAUUCGACUGGCGAGAGUGAGGAAGCGCCAUCGACGGCCUUUGUGACCUUGCAUUCAACGGUGCUCAGUCUACGCGGCUCGAAGACGACGACUCAACCAUAUCAAGACCCCUCUGGCAAGUACACGCUUUGCUGGAACGGAGAAGCAUGGAGCAUUACCGGCAAGCGUCCGAUUGGCAACGACACUGAAGCGGUGUGCAAAAUUCUUGUCGAUGGCUUGGAGAGGCUCUCAGUGGAAGAUGCCAGCGCUACAUGUACGGCGAGCGCACAGGCUCGGUGCAUCGCUCUCGCUCUUUCACAAAUUGCCGGCCCCUACGCCUUCGUGUUCUUUGAUCAGCUGCGCUCGAGACUCUUCUUUGGCCGGGAUUUCUUAGGUCGUCGAUCGCUACUGACCAAGAUCACUCCCGACGGAGACUUGCUGAUCAGCAGUGUCUCCGAUGGCAAUGCUCGUGCCGGCUGGACAGAGGUCGAAGCUGAUGGCGUCUACUACGUGGACCUAAGCCCGGCGAGAUCUGCCUCUCCCGGGUCGACAGCUAGUCCGCAAAGGUGGUCCAUUGGAUUUGCUCCUUACCACUUUCGCGAUACCCAAGGCUCCAGUGACCGCGAGACUCUCAGCGUGAUUCCUCGUCUUUCCUUGAACAAGAGCACAGCCACCGUCGCGACAGUAUUGGAUGAGUCUUCAUCAGCAGUCGCCGAGCUUCAUCAGCUCCUGUACAAUUCCGUGGCAUUGCGAGUGCUCGAUAUUCCAGAGCCACCCGUUUCGUCUUCAGAGAACCAUCCGGCCAAGCUCGUAAUCCUUUUCUCAGGCGGCCUGGACUGCACAGUCCUCGCUCGCUUAUCUCACGAUCUGGUUCCGCUCACCGAACCCAUUGACCUCCUGAACGUAGCCUUCGAGAAUCCCAGAAUUCACAAGAGGGACGCAAAUGAUGGGGCAAUCGACGAGUCAUUUUACGAAUUAUGUCCCGAUCGCAUCACCGGCCGGCAGUCUUACGCCGAGCUCCAGCGCAUUUGCCCGACUCGUACAUGGCGCUUCGUAGCGAUCAACGUGGCGUAUGCCGAAAACCUACAGCACCGCGAGAUAAUCACAUCACUCAUGCACCCGCACAAUACCGAGAUGGACCUCAGCAUUGCCAGUGCCCUCUACUUCGCCGCCAGAGGUCAAGGCGUUCUCAACCAAACUCCAGACAUCAGCUCACCCUGUACAACGACCGCACGAGUUUUGCUAUCCGGGCUAGGCGCAGACGAGCUAUUCGCAGGCUACACCCGCCACGCCACAGCUUUCAAACGCGCCAGCCUCGCAGGUCUCCUCGUCGAACUCGAACUCGACGUCUCGCGACUCGGCAAGCGGAAUCUAGGCCGAGACGAUCGAGUGAUGAGCCAUUGGGGCAAGGAAGUGCGCUUUCCAUUCCUCGAUGAGAAACUACUCACCUGGGCACUGGAUGCACCCGUCACGGAGAAAUGCGGUUUUGGCGAGAUUGUGCCUCGGACUGCUGAGCUUGGGAGCGCUGCUGAGCUCGAGCCGGGGAAGAAAGUGCUGAGGUGUCUGGCGUGGAAGUUGGGUAUGGAGCAGGUGGCGCGAGAGAAGAAGAGGGCUAUCCAAUUCGGCGCCCGCACUGCAAAGAUGGAAACCGGCAAGACGAAAGGCACGCACGUCCUCACCUGA